CUUACCACUAUCAAUGAAUUGAUCGAAACUAUAACUAGAAAUUGCAAGUUGGAUAUAUGCCAUGGCAGCUUCCCUUAUCAUUCCUCCAAUGGCUACAGCUUCUUUGAUGUUCAUCGUAGCAUUUGUCUUGCUUAGCCUACAGCACACAGACAUUGUAGUUGCACAACUGGGAGUAUGCUACGGCCGAAACGGAAACAACUUACCAAACGCACAAGCUACAACAGACCUUUACAACUACUACGGCAUAGGAGCAAUGCGACUCUACGCACCCGACCAAUCAACCCUCCAAGCCCUACAAGGAACGGGCAUCGAACUCACACUCGGCGUCCCUAACGAAGACAUACAAUGCAUAGCCUGCGAUCAACAAACAGCAAACGAGUGGGUCGAAACAAACAUCAUACCUUACGCAACAUCAAUCAAGUACAUCGCAGUUGGAAACGAAAUCCACCCCUCUGAUGAACCUACAGCCUCGUCUUUACACCCUGCAAUGCAGAACAUACAAAACGCGAUUAACUCAAACAACUUAACAGGGCAGAUUAAGGUCUCUACUGCAAUUGACACGAGCUUGAUUGUGAACUCUUAUCCACCAUCUAAAGCGGAGUUUGGGAACUUAUCGUUUAUUACACCAAUAAUUGAUUUCUUAACGAGUAACAAUUCGCCAUUGUUGGUAAACAUUCAGCCUUAUACUUCUUAUGUAAAUAAUCAAAAGGAUAUUACCCUUGAUUUUGCGUUAUUUACUGCGUGCGGAACUGUUUUUACUGAUGGUGAAACCGGCAAAGAGUACCAGAAUUUGUUUGACGCGAUUUACGAUGCGGUUUUUGUUGCGGUGGGGAAAGUUGUUGGAUCCCCGUCUCAGAACGGGAAGUACCGGAAACCUCCGCCUAGGGUGGUGGCUUCGGAAAGUGGGUGGCCGUCUAAAGGUGGGUUUUCUAAAAAAGGGAGAAGGCACCACCGCUACCACCGCCACCACCGCCAGGUGAAUGGUGGGUUGGAGUGUGGAGGGGCAAGUGGUGAGGCGGCGACGCCGGAAAAUGCGAAGAUGUAUUACACGAAUUUGAUUAAGCAUGUGAAGAAGGGGACACCGUUGACGGAAGGUGAAGAAAUUGAGACGUAUUUGUUUGCGAUGUUUGAUGAGGAUGAGAAACCCGGGGAUGAAUCGGAGCGGUUUUACGGGCUUUUUACGCCCGAUCAACAACCCAAGUACGGCAUACUCGACAUCUGUUGACCGAUUUACGAUAGUAUUAAGUUGUGUUACCUGGACUCGGGUACCGAUGUCGGAUAGGUGUGCGUGUUAGGUGUCUAACUCAGCUAUUUUCGAAGAAAAAACAUGAUUUUGGUCUAAAAUAAAGUGUACAGUGUCCAUACUCAUGUACAAGUGUCGAGGAUUCGGCACGGAUACUUGAAGUAAAUGAAAAGUCCAAAUAACAUAAGUAUUUAUAUAAGAAAAGUGUUUCCAUAUUGUAUAACUAAAAGAUAAUCGUUAUGUACUUGUUUUCUGUAAAAUAAAGAAUGGAGCAUGUUUUAUA